AUGGCUGGAAGAGAUGGAAGGAAUAAUGAUGCUAAUGCAGAGGCUCUGGGCAUGAUUGCUGGAACUCACGAUCCUGAUGGUGCUCAGAAGUGGCUGAAGGAGAUCGAAAGGAUCUUCCGGCCGAUUGAUUGUGCAGAGAACCUGAAGGUGAGGUACAUGUUAUCUGAAGAAGCUGAUGACUGGUGGGUUUCUUCUAGAGCUGAACUUGAUGCUGAUGGUGUAGCAAUCACUUGGGCUAUUUUCAGAAGAGAAUUUCUGAAGCGAUACUUUCUGGAAGAUGUUCGAGAAAGUAAAGUGAUUGAGUUUUUGGAGCUGAAGCAAGGUAAUAUGACAGUGUCGGAGUAUGCUUCCAAGUUUGUUGAGCUGGCGAAGUACUACACCCACUACAACAAUGACGAGGCGAGUGAAUUCUCGAAAUGUUUCAAAUUCGAGAAUGGCCUCCGCGACAAGAUCAAUCAAGGUAUCAGGUAUCAGAGGAUUCGUUAG